AAUGGUCCGACCAGUUAGUCCGUCGAACCAAGUAACGAGAACCUAAACGAACAUACAACACAAUCUGCACGAAAUGUUGAAGCUUCCCAUGCUCCUGGGCACUACCGUGGUGGUGGCCCUCAUCCUGGUGUCCGCCAGCGCCUCGGAGGUUCCCUCCCUGUGUCGUCAGAGCGGCUAUUUCGCCCUUGUGGAUAACACGCCCGAGUUCUACGCGUGUCGUGCCUCUCCUGCCGGCGGUUUCUCCCUGCAAUUCCUGCGCUGUUCUUCGGGUGCCGUCUUCAGCUCCAAGGCUGGCCAAUGCACAGAAGUGACAGACCUGUCGAGGCUGGCACGAAAGGAAGGCAACAUCGAGAACCCAACGAUUCCACCCGACAAUUUGGAUGAUAGCAGCAGCACGUCGGUAAAGCCGGUUGAGGCAACCACCGAAACGCCUAUCCCCACCAAGGAAGCCGCAGGAGAGACCUCGGGGGAGCCCUCCACCGAUGAGCCCUCAACCGAUGAACCCUCUACCGAUGAACCCUCUACCGAUAAACCCUCAACCGAUGAGCCCUCUACCGAUGAGCCCUCAACCGAUGAACCCUCUACCGAUGAACCCUCAACCGAUAAACCUUCAACUGAUGCUCCUUCCACCGAUGAGCCCUCAACCGAUGAACCCUCUACCGAUGAACCCUCAACCGAUGAGCCCUCAACCGAUGAACCCUCUACCGAUGAACCCUCAACCGAUGAACCCUCUACCGAUGAACCCUCAACCGAUGAACCCUCAACCGAUAAACCUUCAACUGAUGAUCCUUCCACCGAUGAGCCAUCCACCGAUGACGGUACUGGAACAACCUCCACCGACGAUGGCUCUUCGGCCACCGAGGUGCUCGAUUGCCCCAGCACAGGCUUCUUCCCCAUGGAUGACAACUGCAAUGAGUUCAUCCUAUGCUACGACGAUGGCAGCGAUCUGCACUCGGCCGUCUUCAAGUGUCCUCCCGGUAUGCAGUUCGAUUUUAUUGGUCUCUUCUGCAGCAUCGAAUUCGACUGCAAAUCUGUCUAAAGAGAUGGAGAUAGAGGGAGAGAGAGAGUUG